GCGCCACCGUCGCUGCCGAAGAAGAAGGAGGCGCCACCGUCGCUGCAGAAGAAGAAGAAGGAGCCGAAUCAGCCGCCGUUGCCGCCACAGCUAAAUAGCAAUAGAAAGAGUAGUUUUGCUUUUGCUUGUGCUUGUGAUUGGGAUACGGGGCUCACAUUGAGUACCAUAAAUUUUACCCGAUUGCUUUUGUAUCAUGAUACGAUAAGGACUCGAAGAACUUCGGCUGUUUACUUGCUUUGUGAUAUGUAUGCAGCAAUGCUCAGCACCACUACCAGCAAACUGAAUGUUCUGGUCAACAAGCUGCAUGAGUACUUGGCUCACUCUACUGUUGAAGACAGCAUCGGCACACCGACCUCGGAGGAUGCUGAUGGUAUAACAAAUAGGAGCUGUUCUAUAGGAAACUCAACUGGUUAUACUGCGACAGAGGCAGUUGUGGAUACCAAAUACUCAAGGAGAAAACCAUCUGUUGUCAUAAAGCACUCUGGACUGGAUGAAUCUGGGGACUCAAAUGCAAGUGACGAUGUGGACUUGCCAAUCAACGCAAAUCACCUUGAUAUCACUAGACUGCCUAAAGGCACUGUAUUCGUCAGGCCUGAACCAGUUAAUAAUGGAAGAGAUGACUUCAGGGGUCCAGAGUUUCGCAGUCGGAAAUCCAGUGUACUGCAGAAAGAGUUGUCAAGAAGACGUGGAGGGACUGAACACAUGGGAAUUGUCAGUUGCACGGCAUGUGGCCGACAAGUUAACCACUUCCAGAGAGAUUCAUUCUAUCGACAUCCAGUUCUGAAAGUACUUGUUUGCAAGUCCUGCUACAAGUAUUACUUAAGUGACGACAUCAGUAAGGAUGAAGAUGGAAUGGAUGAGCAGUGCAGAUGGUGUGCUGAAGGAGGCAACUUGAUCUGUUGUGACUUUUGUAGUAAUGCCUUUUGCAAGAAAUGUAUUUUAAGAAAUUUGGGAAGAAAGGAGCUGUCUGGAAUCUUGGAGAGCAAAUGGUACUGCUAUGUGUGCAGCCCGGAACCCCUCUUUGACCUGGUGAUGGCCUGUGACAGUGUGCUCGAGAACAUGGAACGUCUGUGGCAGCAGCAGCGCAAGAAGAACCGAGCGGAGCCAGAGAAAUCUGGACUUUACGACGCAUUGCCACACGCAGCAAAAAACAUUUCAUUAGAUAAAUGGGAUCACAGUGGUAUGGAUGGUAAUGUGGUGUUCAACUAUAACACACUGCAGAUUUCCAAGGACAUUACCAAAAAGGCCAAACAUUUAGUGGACUCAGCAAACUCUUUAAACCAAACAUUUAUCAAUUUCAUUCAUACUGUGACAACAAACAAACAGACACCUGCUGUUCGCCAGCUGUAUUUGAGUUCUUUUAUGUUGGUAGUCAAAGGCUUGCGAAAAUCACUUAACACACUUGAAGAUAGCCUUAAGGAAGAAUUCAGUGACUUGGAUUUUUCGAGCUGCUGGGAGAAGCUCCUUAGUGAUGACUUUGAUGCAAAACCUGUAACUGAAGCAGACACUGAACUGGAUAUUUCUGAUGAAAGUUGCUUGAGAGACUUGCAGAAAUUGGCAGGUGAACAUUUGGAUGAUGAUGAUUCUGACUCCAAAGGCUUCAUAGAUAGGAGAGGUACACAUGGCGGUCCUGGGGAGGACAUGUAUUCAGGUUCACAAGAAGCCAUGCAGAGGACACAAAAUACUGGCCUGAAGCUCUCUGAAGGUGGGGUCAACCUGAUUAAAAAACUAGUAGUAAAACUUACACCUGUACCUAUGGUGCAAGAACCUUCCUCUCAUUUCCCAAAAAUGGAGGACAUCCAUAUGAAAGAUAAAAAAUCAGAGGGAAAAGAUUCAUCAGAAGAUAAAGAGACGGCUGUUGUAUGUGAUAAAGCUGACAGAAAGAUGAUCGAUGAAAAAUCUAGUGCAUCUCCACACCUAGAAGGGGAACAUGGCAAGCGACGGUCUCCUCGUGUGAAGACGACACCUUUACGGCGUCCAAGUGAUGUCAAGGCCAAAACGUGUCUUUCAGCAGCAGACAGCGAUAGUGAUUCUGACCCUGAGGAAACCCCCAGCUCAGCCAAAAACGCUGAAGAACAACAUUUAAGCAGCACAAGAGAUGACUCUGACUCGGAUGAAGUCCCUGCAGCUCUGCUUGAGCGAGCAGCUAUGAUACAGAGUUCUGAUGAACACCACAGUGACCAGGAUGAUAGAAAAGCAUCUCCUACGGUGGCCAAGAAAUAUCUGUUUUGGCUCACUAAGAACACUCCAAUCUCACCAGAGAAGAUGCGCCACAAACGCAAAAUGCUGGACCGAACCCCUGAAUCUGACUCGCUUAACAGAAGAGUCAAAGUGCGAAGGGAAAGUGGGACAGAUUCUUCUAGUGAUGAUCGUGACUUGCAGAAGAAAAUAAAACACUCGAAUGCGGUGAGGUCAAUAGGGAAGCCUUGUCUUGUCAAAAGAAAGGAGAAAAGUGUGGCUAGAAAUCAGGGUGGGAUACAGCCUGGGAAGCAUAACACUAAAUCUCUUCAGGAAACAAUGGAGUCGUCAUUUUCAUCGAGUGAAGAUGAACAUGACGACGACUCUGGCAGCGAUGGAAGCGAUCAAAAAAUGAAGCCAAUCACUGAAGAUAUGACCUUACUGGGGUCAACAGCAUUCCACCCAUCAUCAGGAGAUGAGGAGCAAUCUGGGCCCUCGUGGGCAGCAGAAGAAGAUGAUGAUGAUCUAGAAAAUAGAAUCGCUAAGAAAAUGCUAUUGGCCCUAAUCAAAGCGAACUACUCCUCGGGUGAUGAUAUCUCUUCAGAUGAAGAAACACAGGAAGAUGAGGAGGAGUUGGAGGAGGGUGACGAGGUAAAACAAGGCACUGAGGAUACUGGAACAGAUGAAAAUGGUGAAGACUUGGCUUCAGAGUCAUCUGACACCAUGUCUAAAGCGAAGAACUCGAGGCAUCAUCUUCUCCGCCACAAACUCACCUUAGAUGAAGGAACAUCAAGUGACAAGCCUGCUGCAAAGGAUGAAGCAGUAACACAGGAGCGCAAGAGAAGAGCCAGCAGGAAACACCUGAGCUCUGAUGGUGAAAGUGAUGUGAGCACUGAGUUGGAGACAGAAGAAUCUGAAAUGAGUGAGGAGCUGAGUCUGUCAGAGGAUGAGGCCAAUGAUGAACAGCUCAAAAGCUCCAAAUCCUCCACUAAAGUUAAGGAAGCGCCAUGGUCUGACUCCAGCAGUGAAAAGGACAAUCAAGAGGAUGACAUUGAGGAGAUCAGUGAUGGUAAAGGCACCCCUAAAGGGCGCAAAAAGAUCCGCAGAAUCAUUGAAGAUGUGCAUCUUCGUGCCGAGACCCAGGAAGCGCUGAGAGAGGAGGAGGAGAGAUGUAAACGGCUGGCAGACAGGGAGCAGCAGAUGGAGGACAGGAGAGAGAUAAUUGAAAUAGAGGAUGAGCUGUCUCAAGUGGUGUGCCCUGUCACCACCAAGCUGGUCCUGGAUCAGAACAAGGAGACCAAGGAGCCUCUGGUUCAGGUGCACAGAAACCUGGUGACGAAACUGAAGCCUCACCAGGUGGACGGUGUUCAGUUUAUUUGGGACAGUUGUUGUGAGUCUGUGAUGAAGGCCAACUCUUCUCCUGGAACAGGCUGUAUACUGGCACACUGCAUGGGCUUGGGGAAAACUCUGCAGGUGGUAACCUUCCUCCACACAGUGCUGCUAUCAACAAACCUGAAAUUCAAAACAGCCCUAGUUGUGUGUCCACUUAAUACUAUCCUCAACUGGGUCAGUGAGUUUAAGAAAUGGCAAAAUAACAUGGGAGAGGAUAAAGUCAAGGUUACAGAGCUGGCUUCAGUAAGGCAUCAUCCAGAACGACUGGAGGCUAUGCGCAGGUGGCAGACAGGAGGUGGUGUUUUGAUAAUGGGGUAUGAGAUGUACCGCAUCCUGUCACUAGGCCAGAAAAUCAAUGAUGAGGAGGGGAAGAAAGAGUUAAAGAGCAUACUGGUGGAUCCAGGUCCAGACUUUGUGAUUUGUGAUGAGGGGCACAUCCUACGCAAUGAUGCAUCAAAGAUCUCCAAAGCUAUGAAUGCCAUUAAGACACGACGAAGAGUGGUACUGACUGGCACGCCGCUGCAGAACAACCUGGUUGAGUACCACUGUAUGGUCAGUUUCAUCAAGAAGAAUCUUCUGGGCUCACUGAAAGAAUUCCGAAACCGCUUUAUCAACCCCAUAGAGAACGGCCAGUGUGCCGACUCCACACAGAAAGAUGUCCGACUCAUGAAGAAGCGAGCACAUGUACUCCAUGCUAUGCUGGCUGGAUGUGUGCAGAGAAGAGAUUACUCUGAGUUAACUCAGUUUCUACCUCCCAAACACGAGUAUGUGCUGGCAGUGAGAGUUUCCUCACUGCAGUACAAGUUGUACCGCUACUACCUCGACAAUGUCACUGGUGUGCAUUCCAUGGCCAACAAAGCAAAAGCGCGAGGUGCAAGCCUGUUCAAGGACUUUCAGGUACUCAGCCGAAUUUGGACUCAUCCCUGGUGCCUUCAGCUCAACUACAUCAGCAAAGAAAACAAGGGACAUUUUGAAAAGGAUCAAAAUAAAGCGGCACCUCUGACAAAUGAAGAAACUACCGUGGCUGAGAGUGAACAGAAUGGGAAUGAAGGACAAGAAGGGCACAACCCUGACAACAGUGCAGCGGUGAUGGAUGAUGUGUCCAAAAGCUCUCCAGCAGUGGAAGCAGAGAAGGCAGCCAUCAGCUCAAGGCCUCAGAGUCUAGAUGAACACUGGUACAAGAGCCUGGUGUCUGAAAGGGACGCCAAAAUCCUGCACCACUCAGGGAAGAUGGUGCUCUUGUUUGAGAUCCUCAAAAUGGCUGAGAACCUGGAAGAUAAAGUGCUUGUCUUCAGCCAGUCCUUGAUCUCAUUAGACCUAAUUGAGGAUUUCCUUGAGGCUUCUCACAAUGCCAGAGAUCCAUCCUCACACAAAGAAGGCAGCUGGAUUAAAAACAUUGAUUACUAUCGUCUUGAUGGCUCCACCACUGCUGUGAUAAGGAAGAAAUGGGCAGAUAAGUUCAACAACCCUGCCAACGUCCGUGGCCGGCUGUUUCUUAUCUCGACGAGAGCUGGCUCGCUAGGCAUCAACCUUGUGGCUGCCAACAGGGUCAUCAUCUUUGAUGCCUCAUGGAAUCCCUCAUAUGACAUACAGAGCAUAUACCGGGUGUACCGCUUCGGCCAGCUGAAGCAAGUGUUUGUGUACCGCUUCUUGACUCAGGGCUCCAUGGAGGAGAAGAUCUAUGAUCGUCAGGUGACCAAGCAGUCUUUGUCCUAUCGAGUGGUGGAUCAGCAGCAGAUCGAGAGGCACUUCACCUCUAUUGAACUGAACGAACUUUACACAUUCGAGCCGGACCUGCUGGAUGACCCAAACUCUAAGAAAAGCAAAAGAACCACCUCUGUUUUGCCAAAGGAUCAUGUUCUGGCACAGCUAUUACAUACCUGUAAAGACCAGAUCGUGUCAUACCAUGAGCACGAAUCUCUGCUGGACCAUAAAGAAGAGGAGGAGCUCAGUGAAGCAGAAUGCAGAGCUGCCUGGGCUGAGUACGAAGCUGAGUCAAACAAGACCAACUCUUCAGUCACCUUGAGCCAGGACACCUUGGACACGAAGACCAAUGAACAGCUGCUGGAAUUGCUGAACAAAAGCAGAACAAACGUAUCUCUGGCCUUCAUGGCAUGGCAGAGGGUGAGGUGUCACACCCUUGAGGACUACACAUUACAAGUGCAACAACAGUUUCCUCACCUGCCUCUGGACCAGGUUGGGAUCAGGGCUCAGAUUUGGAAACUGACUGAUGAAAAGACGCUGGAACAAGGAAAGGCCUCUUAUCAAGAUGCUCUUGCACAGCAGCAAUUACUGACGCGCAACAUUCAGGCCAUACUGAAUAAACGAAGGACCCAAGUGCUACAGACAACUGUGACCACGGCAAACCAGCCUGGACAGACUUGACAUCACUGUGGCGGUUUCUCACAGAAUGUCCACUUGCCUUACACUUUACUCGUAAUGGUUUGCUGUUGAAUUUUUUAAUAUUGUUAGUUUCAUAGCAGUUCUUAUAGUUCUUUAUUAAAUUAACAAAAUAAAUACAAUUGGUUCUUGUAGUGUAUUUAUCUAUGGUUGUGAACCAUCAACUAGGUUCAGGCCAUGACAGAUGGAUAAUGUUUUCUUCUGUAGAUAUUUUUGAAAGUGAAAAGAGACCUGUUAAGAUAUAAAAGGAACAGACCUCAUGUUUAACAAUUUCCUUAUCUCUUCAAGAAUACAUCUUCUGUUUUUGUGUAAAUGGAGCUUUAACAUUGUGAUUCAGCAGCUUGCUUGUUUCUACACUGGUUAAUGCCAAGUUAACUUUCCUCAUUCCGUAAAUAAACCUAAGGCGAGUUUGUCUCUCUGCCGAGUGUCCUCGUAGGAACAGAGCAGCUGUUCAGACACUGAGCAGCUCCCCAGAGAGGAAGGCUCAGUGCUCUGAUGUUUAUUUAAUUAAUGAAACUAAGCCAGCUGCUGCAGUUGAAACCUUUCAAAAGCUCCACUUCAGCUGAAAGGAAAGCAAUGUGUACAAAACUGUACAGGCCCAGAAAAGAUCAUAUGCUUUAAAAAUGUCUUUAUACAGAGGAUAUGUUUGUUAAAUUACAUUUUCAGGUGGCAUAAAAGGUAUUAGAUUGAGAAAGGGGAGUAACAGUCUGUGCACAUACAGUUUCACAAAAAAAAGAAAAUCUAACAUGAAAGAAUGUAACUGUCAAUUUCAUGGAAAGAAAAUGUCAGUCAAGGAUGAAAAAUUAUUUAUGGACUGAGGUUCUGCCAGAUUUUACAUCCAUGUACCUUGUUUAACUGGUUUGGUGAAGUGUAAAACUAUGGAUGACACUACACUCAGACAGCCUUUUAAGUUAAUAAAAAACAAAAACUGUA